UUGUUAUUGAACAUUUCGUUCGUUAAAUCGUGACGUGUAAAUAAUUCGUAAGAUAGGUUAAACCUUUCACAACGCUGAAAGCAUUCCAUUGAUUGUCCAAAAGCUGGACGGAUGCGUAAAAUGUGCGAUCACGAACAUUUGCUUUUAUUUGCUCUAUUCUUUAAUUGAUCUUCGGUAAAGAAGGCUUGGAAGUUCAAGGAAAGAUAGAGUAUCUGUUAAUAUACCAACGUUAUAACGCGUCACCAGUCACCAGCUUAGGGAAACAAAAGAACAGCCUUUGUGGACCAUCAGGCGAGACAGCAUUAACAGCUUUAUCUGAUAAUACAGGAUAAUCAUUGCUCAGCGCCCUCUACAUGCGGCUCGUGUAGCCUGUGACAGUGGGCCCCAGGACCUGUGCAGCCAACAUGAAGGCGUGGCCUCUCGACGCGCUGUAAUGGACUUCAACCCUCUGGACCUGCUGGCCAGUGCAGCUGAGCUUCAACAGCAGCACGGCGAAAGUCCAGAACCCAUUGUAGUAACUCCAUCUCGGCUCAAGAAACAAGGACUUGUAUCAGCACCACUGAAUGGGGAGAAAGAAAAUCAUGACUUGAGCCUCAUCAACACAAGCAACAACAACAAUGCUUCAAAAAGUAGAGUUAAACCAAAUAUAGUUAUUGUGAAGAAAAUAAAAGCAGAAAGUUCAAGUCCAGAACUGGAAAAGAUGUUUGAUGAACAUAAUUAUGGCAAUGCAAAAAAAAAUAACAACAAACAUGAAAAAAACAGUGAAGAAACAAAUAGAGAUAGGAGUAUAAAUACACAGUCAAUGCCUUAUAAAAAUGAGAAAUUUGAAACAAACGGCUGUGAAGUUUCAAAUUGUGUGAGGACAAACAUUGGUGUGGUUUCCAAUACAAAGUGUGCUCAGUCCAAUUUGAAAACAGUGUGGGAAUGUGAUAAGAGAACUGCGACAUCUAGUUCAGUUGGUGUUACACAAGGGGAUGAGUCACACACUACACCACCAUGUGAAAGGAAAUCCUCAGUUAAUGGUCAUGUAGAUGAUGUGACAUGCUUGACUUCAGACAGCAGUGUGGGGCUACAAGCUAAACUGGGAAAAUGUGAAGGUUUGAAUUGCAGUGCAGACACAUGUGUAUGUGCUGGGGAUUUAUGUGUUAAGGAUAUUGGCAGUUCAGAUUAUAAUACAUGCAGUAUAAACAGUGGGAAUGAUUGCAGUGUAAACAGUGAGAGAGAUAAACAAUCAAGGGAUAAUAAUAGUUUAAAUAUAGGUAUGUCACAUACUGAACAUGGUCAGGAUGGGAAGAUUGUCCAUCAAAGUUUAAAAGGGUGUAAACCUAAUGUUGCGAAACUACACUUGGAUGAUACUACAGGCGAAUUCAUCACGAAAGAAGGUAGUAAAAUGAUAAUAAAAUCUACCAUUGCAAAUAGUCUAAAACUAUCUGGAUCUCAAAAACCUGUGGAUAAUACAAACUGGGCAUUAUUAGAAAAAGAAUCAUGUUGUGAAAGUUCGAAUUCUUUAAACGAAUCAAUAAAUACACAAUCUUUAAAAUCUACCUCUAAAGGUGACAUUGAAAAAAUGCCAUACGUCAAAGUAAUACCAGCUAAGGAAUUGGGUAGUGACACUGCUAUUGACAGGAGCCCAGAAAUGCUUGUAAUCAAUAUUUCUCGUAGCAGUAAUAGCCAACAGAAUAAAAUCCCUAGCAUUGCCAGUCAGAAGUCUUCAGAACAGCCAAUAUUGGAAACUAUGGAGAGCAGACCUGAUAACUGUAUGGAAAGCAAUGAAAAAACUAACAGUAUUGGCAUACUAAAAUCCAUAGUGGUAAGUGACAAAGUAAAACAGGAGAACGUGAAAAAUGGAAAUUUUAAAUUAAAAUCAAAGCCUUUGAUUUUCAAAAUUGUACCACAGAAAAUAAAAUACGACAUUGUAAAUACUAAAUGUAGCACCAUUAAUGAAGAUUCCAAAGUAUUGAGUUACAAAUCUAUAAAAGUGUUAGAAUUAAGUGACCCAGUAUGUGCAGACGAAUCCACUACCAGUGUUCAUUUGCUAUCACCCGAUCGUAGAAAUCCAGAUUCUAUGGGCAUAGCUGAAAGCCCAGUUGCACAGUCAGAUCUUGAUAUGAAUGACAACAUUGAACUUGAAAAUCCGGACAAAAAAUUAUUUUCAAGUCCAAUGUCUACAUUAAAUAAAUAUAUGCCUAAGGAAUCUGUAGAGACUUGUUCAUCAACAGAUUUGCAAGAUUUAAAAGAUUCUGAGGGAGACUCAGACACUAGAGAACUUAUGAAAGAGUCCCGAUUCGAGUCGAUAGUGAGGCCAUUCAGUUGUGAUAAUAUAAGUGCUAAUGGAACGUUAACGCCGUUUAGUGGUAAUGAAGUGCCAAUCUUCAGGUUUGACUCUGAUCACUGUUAUGCAGGUUUGCCUGGCAAGUUAGACUGUUCUGUAAACAUAGGCGCAUCAGAAACAGACACUGCCUUGACGUCGGAGUUGGAAGAAGCUGCCACACCCCUGGGCUCUACCAGUGAAAUCUCCCAAGACAGUGGCUAUGAAGAUACCACCACACAAUCUCCGGUAGCAGAGGCCCUGCCAGUCACUUCAAAACCUUCGAUCGAACCAUCCACUGUGAAGAACUUGGUACCAGUGCUUGUAAGUGUAAAUAGGAAUGGAAGUUUAACUCUGCAUGACCCAAACUUGUCAAAGUUUAGUGGUAAAGUAUUGGUGCCGGAAAAUUCCUUACAUUUUAGUUCUGGAAUUAAAGUUAUUCCAGGGACGAGUCUUGCAACCGUUUCACAGCCACUUAUUUUGUCACCGGUGGGUAGGAGUCCUGCACAGAUGAUUGUUGAUGCUCCGAAGUCGAGGCCGGAAAGCAUUUUGGAAUUACUUAGCCCCGCUAAAUCAGAUAAGAAUUUGAAUAUACCGAUGUCAGUGUCCAGAAAAGAUAUUUCACCAUCUAAAGGUGGGAAGUUUAAAAUCGGAUCAUUUGCUUCUAUAAGUAACACUGGAUUGGGUAAAGGAGUUGGGACCCCCAUUAAAAAUUUCUUUGAAGAUAAACCAGAGAGAGUGAAGCCAUCAGCCACUAGGAGCAGAUCUAACAGUGGUAAAUCCUCCCCAGCCUGCAUGGAAUCUUUGGAUAAUUUAGUGCAAAAAGUCAAAGGGAACUUAUCUCAGCCCCCUGUGAUGCAGUCGGUGAUGGAAAGUGCAAACUCUAGCCCUUCUCUUGAUCAUAUUCAGCAUGAUCAUGACUAUUGUACUAAAAAUCUCAUGCCUUCAAUGGUGACCAGUCUGUUAGAGCAACGCCUGUUGGCCAAGGACAAUCUUAAGCCCACUAAACCAAUAUUUUAUAACAAGGGUCGUCGUGAUUCUGAAUCCAGUAGGGAGUUUCAAAAAGGUGAAAGUCGUGCUGGAAAGCGCAAAAGACUAUCUGCGUCGUUUUCAAAGUAUGAUUCAUUGGACAGUUUUGAUGUAGAUAGUGAAAGUGACACGCAAAGCAUUCCAGAGUGCAGUAAGUCAAAGUCAAGGUAUGAUAAGUUUCUGGAGAAGUCAAGGACCACAGACCCAAAGGUGAAAAUAACUGGAAGCAGUAAUUUCCAGGAUCAGUUUGUGUAUUUCAUGAACACUACGAAACGCAAUCGCAGAAGAGAAAGUAGAGAUUCACCCUUGCUGUUGGGAAACGAUCGUGUGUUCAUACCACCCAAGCCAGGCGAUAUCAUUGUACCUCAUUUAACAGAUCAAGAUAUUGAGAACUUGAAACAGCGCUCAAAGCUCAAUAAGCACUCAUCCGCUGCUCUGGGAAUGAAUUCAUUAAGGAAUGAAUUCAUGGCAGCAAAACUGGCGAACCAGCAGUUUUCAGCGUUACCUACAUCUGAGAGUGCUGAAGAUGAGAAGAACAUCAUCAACACUAUUCUGAGCAUGGAGAAUGACGAAAGCCUCUCUUCACCGGUGAACCGCGAUCCCCCCUCUUACAAUGAGUCGAUGGAAUUAUACGGGCAAGGUCUAGGUACAGAUAUUAUGAACUUGCUACCUGAACAAAUGAACCUGACCCAAGAACAAAUGGAUCUCUUGUACAGUGCAGUGGAUGAGGUACAGAAUUCCUCUCCGGCUCUCAUUGAGGAAAAGUUGGUGUCUCCCGGUGCAGAGUCUCAGAGUUUUGAGAGUUUAAUGCCCGCGUUUGAACCUAAUACUGAACUUGUAGAUAUACCAAAUAACAUUUCACAGGGUGGUGUAGUGGAGAAAAAACCAUCACCACUGCCAUCAGCCCCUAUAUCUUCUGUUGGAGUGGAACCAACAACUGAAAACGCCCCACUUGAAUUAGGUGAUGAUGCCAGCAAGGUCGCCCCAAUCGCAAUUACUAGUGAUAAUUCAACACACUUAACAGGUGGUGUGACCACCACCAGUGCUGAGGUAAAUGUAAGUGUUGCAAAUUCCACAAAAGACGUCACAACUGGCCUGGACACCCAGGCGCACACCGAUACAGAGGCUGAUGCUGCUUCUAACACUGCUCCUGUUUUGGCAGAAUCUACAGUUCAACAUAAUGAAGAGUCUGCCAUUGAGGUGGAGAAACAGGCUUCAAGUGUGAAAGUACUCCCAGCCUGCGCAGAGAAAGAGUCAUUUAUCCACAACACAGCUUUAGGGGAUAGCACUCUACAGAGCCCAGACCUUUCUGUGAACGCCAGCAUGGCUCCUAGCACGGUUCCUAGCAGUCCAGAAUCAGCUAAUGCAGAGCUUGCUCCACUGAAUACUAAACCCGAACCUUCUAAUGUGUCCACCAUCAGUGACCAUAGUUCUAGCCCAAACAUGCUGACAGUGUCAGAUCAGGAUGUAAGAAACCGUUUGCCGUCAUUGACUAAUAAUGUGCCAGCGGACAUUACAACCACUCAGGUGUCAACGUCUCUCACCUCUGACCUGUCACAGCUGGAUAUUCUUAAGAAUGAAUUCAAGCUUGACAGCUAUGUUCACAGUAAAAGUCACAUUUUUAACGAUCCACCAGCCCCCCUGGUCUCUCAACCAUCUGUGGCAUCUUUACUGGCGCAGCCGACUAGUUUCUCUGUGGAAUACCAGGCGCCCUGGAUUGUCACUGUAAGCAUGUUCUGGAAUGAUCUUCCAGCUAUCAUGAUCAGCAAUCAACCAUAUGUAAGGUUGGUGGACAUCCACAAGCAGAUUCUCCCAGCAAAAGACACCGGAAUUCUGAAAAAACGAUGCCAGCUUAUGGCUAUUCCAGUUGAAAACUGCACCGAAAUGCAGCGAUACUUCAUUGUACAGUAUGGUAGAGCGGUGAACUCCAAAAGCACUCUGAUCAUAUCUCUUGAAAAUGCAAAAGAACUGGUGGGAUAUUACGUGAAUCCACAACCCAAGACCCCUAACCCGAGUGACCACAAGUCGAUUAUCGAACAUCGCCGGGAACAGCUUCGGCGCAUUGCGCUGGCUAAAAGGGCAGCAAUUCGAGCGCAGAAACCAGAUAAGAAAGAUGGUGGCAGGGCAUUAAGAGAACACAAAGAUUUGACGGGAUCUGAAAGUGUGCCAGAUGUUGUGAAGACUACAGAAGUUACCUCCCCUGCUGACAGCUCAGAGCUUACCUCCCCUGUGGAGCGGACUGGGUCCACCACCAUUGGGCAGCAGCAACCAGUCCCUGAGGCGGGUGGGUCUCAGCGCGCGACUAGACACAAGAAAAUAAACUUCCUGGAGAUGCUGCGUGGAGACUCGACCGGCAAUGCUGACGAUGACCUGCUUACUGAACAAGUGGAGAAGAAGCCAAGAUCAAAAGUGUCCCAUGAUACCUCAAACGUGUCCAGGAAGGGAAAGCUGCCCACAGAGAAGUUCAAGGUGGUACGCUAUUCUGUAGAGUUGGACAGCAGCGAGGAGACGGACAGUGUCGUGUCAGAUUACAGCUCGUGCUACGAUACCGACUCCACUAGCGAGACUGACGGCGGUCCCCUGGCACAGCCUCCCCCUGCUAAACAACGCAAGCUCAUGCCCCCAGUGGCCUACCAGAAAACUAGUAAUAGUAAUGUCAAAACAUACCCUGUCAAGUCUUUUAUGAAAAACGUUAAAAUGAAGGUGAGGCCCAACAAAUCUCAUCCUAUUGCAACCUCUACCCCAGUGUCUGUGCAAGUCAACAGAAACGGUGGUUUCCAACAGAAUGGAUUUGCUAAUGGCAGAGAGAAAAACUUUUUGAAGGUACAUUAUAAAACAAGCUCGGCCUCAUUGCUUGGCGUGCGAAGAAAGACAUUUCCUGAAAGUUCUUCUGAAGUUGACAGGGAGGAGGUAGAAGUAGGAGACCGUUCCCCUCCUAAAGCAACGGUAGAAACUGUAGUGUAUGAGGCUCCAACACAGACGUUCCCCCUCCACAAAAGUGUUGGGGUGGAAAUGUCUGCAGAUGAUUUAAAGGUGUCCCCUACACUGCCAGAUGAGAUACUUGAUAGUGCGGAAUAUUCAGACUCGCUUACAGACGAGGCAGUUGAGCAAGUAGGACAUGCAGCUCAAGAGUUUCAAAGUGAAAGCAGUUCAGUAAAGGAAAAUACUGGUAUCUUGAAAGAUGAGAAUGGUAAUGCAGCAGCAUCAAGUUUGACACAGUGCAUUCUUAACAGUGUAAAAACCCAGGUCAGCACAGAUGACUCGAGACCGGCCCUGAGCUUGAUGAAAAGGAAGGAGAACAUUCAGAUCAGUCAGGAUGAGGUUCCUUUGAGGAUUAUCCACAGGGAUGCCAGCCCUAUCACUGAACCACGGACGCGCACACAGCUGGGCGAGGUCUUCGUUGACAGGUACCACAACAAGAGGUCCAUCUGUGUACGCUGCUACACCUGCAGGAAAAUGUUGUCAGUGGAUAGCUUUUUGCGCCACUUGCAUGACAACACUGGAAUGCUGGUUGUGACUGCAACAAGGUCUCUUGGUAUUUCCGAAGGGGACUUAACGGAAACAGACCGCAAACUUUGGGAAACGUUCCAGCGCAAGAAGGAAUUGUUUGACAAUAAUCAGUUGCCAUCACCUGACAUUGUGCAGGAGGGCUUGGUGUAUCAGCUGGAAUCGGAAACUAGUCAUUAUGGGAAAACAGAAAGACUGAAACAAGAAAGUCCUGAAAAGCCUGCUGGGCCCAGGAUCAUACGAACUCCGGUGUCACCAGCCAAGAAAAGCAAAAUUGUUCGUAGUGGUAGACCAAAAAUUGUCAACACUAUGGCAAAUGGCCAUCAAGAGACUAUUAAAACUUUGGGACCAAAAUUGUCAGGGGCUCAUGUGGCGAAAGUGUUGCCUCCCGAGCCCAUUGAUGGGGUCAGAUCAAGUUCCAGAAAGCGUAAAUUGAAACAGCUCUACCCAUUUGAAGAGUAUUCCUUUGCGAAAUUCCCCCGAUUAAAUAAAAACUUGGUGGAUAACAGUGAAGGAAAUUAGUUAUUGUUAACAAUACUGGUAGUUUCUGUUUUGUUGUUGCUUUCAAUUGAAGGGAGAUAACCUUUUUUCAUUUUCACCUAAUAAUAAAAUCUUCUAGCAAGCUUUAUUAACUUCCAUGGUGACUUGUUCCUUUCUUGCUUUCAUGUAGAAAUACAAUCAUGUUUUGUUAGUUUUACUUUGCUAGUUCAGAUUUUUCAAUGAUUAAAUAAGUUUUCAGCCACUUUCUGCACCAGACAUUAGUGAUUUUUUAAUUUUCUAAAAUUGAAGCGAAACUUGAAAAAAAACUUUAAUCCUGAAUUAUCAUUUUGUUGAUAACUUAAGAAUUGGAGUUUACAUUAUAUUGCUUUUAUGGUGUUUACAAAUGUUAUUCAGAUGUACACUGAUAUAUAUUUAAAGCAAAACAAAAAUAAAUCAUUGUGUAUUGUUUUAAAGGUACACAUUACUGUUUACAAAUUAUAGUGCUUGUAAGGGGAGAGAAAUCUUCUCUGUAACUUGCUGGGUGUUUAUAUUGUAUUUAUUCCCUUGUAUUAUACAGCUCAGCACUUGAUUGUUGUAUUAUAAUUAUGACUGUCUGUAUAUAUUGUAUACAGUUUGGUUUUGUCACACUUACAAACACAUAGAUGUUUGACUUUCAGACAAUGUCAUUGUAGUUCAUAUUUGAACAUAUUUUUAUGAACAUCACUUGCAUUCACAGAUGCAUUCUGCUAUUUCUAGUAGUGUGUUCUUAAGGAAAUGUCUGAUUUGAUAUUAAGGCAUGUUACAAUAGCUUCUGCUUUAAACUUGUUAAAAAUGAAAUCGACAUAACAUGAGGCAAAUUCUAUUCUGUAUUUCCAAGAACUACAGAAGGUUUAUAGUCAUAACAUUUUACACCCUCUAGGCUCUUUAUAUUACAUAAAGUUUUUUAGAUUUUUAUCCCCGUCAAAAUUUUUUUCGGAGGGGAUAUAGUAAUUGAUCCUGUCCGUCCGUCCGUCUGUCCGUCCGGCUGAAACUUUGUCUGGAGCAUAACUCCAAAUCUAUUCAAUGUAUUUACUUUAAACUUAGAAUAUAAACAGAUGGCAACUAGGAGAAGUGCAGUGACCAAGAACCAUAACUCUAUCUACCUUAGUUUUUGAAUUAUCUCCCCUUUUAUAUAAUUUUAAAGUAAAUUUUUGUCUGGAGCAUAACUCUUAAUCUACUGAAGGGAUUUACUUGAAACUUAAACAGAUGGCAAGUAGGAGAAGUGCAGUGACUAAGCACCAUAACUCUAUCUACCUUAGUGUUUGAAUUAUAUCCCUUUAUUUAAUUUCAAAGUAAAUUUUUGUCCGGAGCAUAAUGAAUUAUCUCCCUUUAUUUGUUUUUACAAAUAUUAGUCUACUCUCUAAAACAAAUGUUGUCAUACAAGCAAACACAUUUCGGCGGGGAUUUGGCACUACUGUGACAAGCUCUUGUUACUUCUUAUUUUCUCAUCAGUAUAUAUUUCUAAUUUAUUGUUACAUUGCUUAUCUAAAAAAAACUUUUAAAAUUUGACAGAAACAAAAAAGAAAAAUAUAUCGUUGAUAUUUCUGUACAUGUUUAUAUCUGUCAUACAGUGGGGUCACCAUGGUUUCAUAAUGUAGAGCACCAACGGUUUAUCGCUGUAUUUAGGUGACACAUGUUCAAACAUUUCUUCUGCCUUUUAAGUUGAAUAAUAUUGUUAUAAUUUCAUUCAAACAAAUACAAACUUACAUUGUUUAUCGAAAUAACAAUAAAUAAAAUGUGUAUAACAAUUAACAUGAUUUGAUAUUUACAUUUGUGGUUUGGAAACAUUCUUCUUAAGUAAGAUAUUGUUUCUGUUAGCAGGUAUCCAUUAGAAAAUUCCUAAUCUACAUCUAUUAGCAAUAUUAUUUCACCAGAGCACAAAGUAAUGAAAGGAAAUUGAUUUGAUCACCGAAUGUCAGGCGUUUGCUGUGUGGGAUGUUCGUCAUGAACUUUGAGCUUGUUAACACUAUAGAGUAUAGAGGCCACAAUUUUAACACUGUAGAGGCCAUAUACAGUUUCCAAUCUUGAUGAAGCCUGGUCAAAAUGUUAAUAUUGACAAUAUCUAGACAGAGAUUAAAUUUGGGUUUAAUGCGCCCAAAAGCUAGGUUACAAGGUCAUAUCUUAGGUAAACCAUUUUACCACUCUAGACACCACAUUUAUGCCUCGGUCUCAAAGACUCAAACUGGGCCAUGUGAGUCCAAAUACUAGUUUACGAGUUCAAAUCUUAGAAAAACCUUGUUACCAAUCUGGAGGCAACAUUUAUAACUAAAUAUGGCUGAAACUAAAAUCAUUUUUUAAGUGCUAGAUUGUUGAGGCCAAGAGAAAAUGUGGGGCACGUGUUUCAAAAUAUCUGGUCUUUUAGGUCAAAUAUUAAAAAAAUAUUAUGCUCUGUCUCAAGAGGUUACAUUAAUGAUUCUUGAUCAAACUUGGCAAAAAUGUUUAUCUUGAAAGUGUUAAUGCCAUGGUUGAAGCUGGAUUAAGUAUGGUCAAAAACGUUGUCACCAAUUCAAGUCUUCAACAAUUUGUGUACCUUGAACUCAUGUAAGCGCUUUAGAGCCAGCUUGGUCUUCUUUUAAAUAGCUUAAUUACGUUACCUGAUAUCGGUAAGUAUAUGAUAUCAGGUAAGUAAUUACUAAUUAAAAUGAAUUUUACUAGAAAAAUUUGUGUUUAUGGACAAAUGUUUAUUGCAGACUGAUAUGGAUGUGUCUCUUCUCAAUUUUGCUUUGAAUUUUCAGUAUACUCCGAAGGAAUAUAGUGUGUGUUUUUUUGGCGAAAAUGACAUAACAUGCAACCUACAAGGAAUUCCACAGUAGCAAGUACUUCCCAAGUCUGUACAAUUACUUGUGACAUAGUUGAUGUAAAUUUAAUAUUGUGUACACUACCAAGUCAGACCCAAUAGUUGGUUAAGUAAUCUUUCACUGUUAUUUGUAACUUACAGUUAAAACAUAUACAUACAUUCACUGUAUACUCAGUUCCUUAUUGUUACCAUUUUCAACUUUGCAUUGAAAUGGAAUGCUUGAAAAAAAUGAAUAAAAUGUGAAACAACCAA